GUGAACGCGCAGAGGCGGAGUCCGCGGGAACAUCAAGUGCAGCUCCAGUGACGAGGAUGAGCGCGUACGGUGGAUUCCCGCCACUCCGGCGGCUGCGCGUGGGCAUCAGUGAGAGAGUUCCGUAUAAAAGCUCCCGCAUCCUCCUCUGCCUCUGACACUCUCUCUGUGUUUGAAUGAUACGGUGUCUUCUUCCUCUCCUCCUCCUCCUCUUGUGUUUUCUCGGAAACAUUUUCCUGCAGUAGAUAUUGAAAUUCUCGUCUAUGGUUCUGACUCAAGCUUCCAAAAUGUCCCGGACUGACGAGGUGCACCGUAUAACGGAGAAUGUUUAUAAGUCCAUCAUGGAGCAGUUCAACCCUUGCUUAAGGAACUUUGUUGCCAUGGGGAAGACUUAUGAGAAGGCCCUUUCCAGUGUGACAUUUGCAGCAAAAGGCUACUUCGACGCACUGGUGCGGAUGGGAGAGCUGGCCAGCGAGAGUCACGGCUCUAAGGAUCUUGAAGAGGCAGCAUGGGAUGUGCUUUUUCAGAUGGCGGAGGUUCACAGACAGAUUCAGAUGCAGCUAGAGGACAUGCUGAAAUCAUUCCAUAAUGAACUACUCACAGAACUGGAGAAAAAAGUGGAGUUGGAUGUUCGCUAUUUAAAUGCAGCUCUGAAGAAAUAUCAGAUGGAACACAAAAGUAAAGGAGAAAGUCUGGAGAAAUGCCAGGCCGAGCUGAAGAAACUGCGCAGGAAGAGUCAGGGCAGCAAGAACCCCUCCAAAUAUGGAGACAAGGAGAUGCAGUAUGUCGAGACCAUCAGCAGCAAACAAAAUGAGCUGGAUAACUACAUCUCCGAGAGCUACAAGAAUGCCCUAUCUGAAGAGAGACGGAGGUACUGCUUUCUUGUUGACCGUCAGUGCGCAGUGGCCAAAACCAGCAACACCUACCACACCAAGGGCAGAGACUUGCUGACGCAGAAGAUCCCUUUGUGGCAACAAGCGUGUGCCGACCCAAAUAAACUCCCUGAGCGGGCAAUGCUCCUGGCUCAGCAGAUGAGCUCAGGGGCAGCGGGGACGCUGGGACCCAGUGUCCAUCACACCUCCAAAUCUAACCUGACCAUCUCAGACCCCAUCCCAGGGGCAAAGCCACUUCCCGUGCCACCUGAGCUCGCAGCUCUCAUGGGGAACCAACAGUCGAGGAUGAUGGGAGCAGAUAGUGUCCCCAUAGUGAAUGGCUCUGGAGUUCAUGUCGGAGAAGACUACCAACGCUGGAUGGAGACCAGAGCCGCACAUGAUAAACAAUCCCAGCAGCCCCACAGACACGGUGGAGAGAGCUUCUCCAACACCCUUCCGGUCCGCAAAGUUGCUCCAGUAAAGCCCAAGAACACUCUGGCGGAGACACAGACGCUGCCCAGGUCAAGCUCGAUGACCACUGGAUUGGAGAGAAAUGGACGGACGCGUGUUCAGGCCCUCUUCUCCCACGCCGCAGGGGACAACAGCACACUCCUCAGCUUUACAGAAGGAGACAUCAUCACACUGCUGGUGCCUGAAGCCAGAGACGGCUGGCACUACGGUGAAAAUGAGAAGAACAGAAUGAGAGGCUGGUUCCCGUUCUCCUACACGCGCUUGAUUGCAGAACCGGACAGUAAUAAACUCCACGUCAGUUUGCAGCAUAACAGGAGCAGCAGCACAGGAAAUCUUCUGGAGAGAGAGAUGGCAUUGCCAACGCCUGAUUAUGGCAUGCCCACACGCUUCGCCCAGCAGCAGAGCACAGCACACAGCCGACAGAGACCAUACAGCGUGGCAGUGCCAGGAUUCUCACAACAAGGGCUGGAGGAGUACGAGUCUCGAUUCCAAGCAAGAACGAUGGAUCCUCUCCAAUUCAGCACAUUCGCGCUCACAUCUCGGCAAAGACAAAGAAAUGCUGCCAGCAAGCAGAAACCCAAACUCAUCAUAACUGAAGAGCUUGGAUCUCGCCUUCUUCAUUAGGACUUCAAAUGCAUUUUUGUUUUUGUAAGCCACAUGGACUGUGACGGUUGGGUUAAGGGUUGGAGUUGGUAGACGUUAAUAAAUAUGAUGGUUGGGUUUAUGUUUGCAGAAGCUAAACAUAAGAUUAAAGCUACUCUACAGAACUUUAACUAUGGCAAAUUACCCAGAGCUACAGAAAGCCACGCUCUGAGCUUCUUUUGACACAAAUAUUGCCAUUGCUAUUAAUUCAGCUUAAUAUAGAUCAUUCAGAUCAUCAUACAUGAUUUCCAUCUAUGACUGGAAGAAACUAAUCUCUUUUUUGUGUAUAGAGAAUGUGAAUUUUAAGUAAAACCUUUUUAUUUUAAGAGCUGUAAAAAGUCUGUUUGGUUUACUGGAGAAAAUGCUCAAAUGACUAAAUAUUAUUUAAAAGCAUGAUACUUUUCUAUUUGAUAUUGUUUUUUACAUAACACAUGCCUUUCUGCCACCAUAUGAAAAAUGAACUGCGGUUUCCUGCACUUUAUUUCAAAUUAAUAUUAUUUCCAUAAAUUAUUGUUAGCCACAAUCAAGUUCUCAGGGUAUGUUUACACAGCAAUAUUUGGAAAAAAAGAGAAAACUUUUUUUUUUAUUUUGCAUUUAAUAUUGUAUUAAACGAUAAAGAAUUCUAAAAUAUAAGUUUGUAAAAUUGUGAAAUUCUUUUUUUGGUCUAAAGCAAUGUGUAUUGUCAUCUGCUGUCAUUGCAUACAAAAGACAGUAUUUUAGUUGUUUUGUGUGAUGGGCAACCUAUAGAAAACACUGUCAUCAAUAGUAUAAGCAAAGCUUUUAAAAAUGCAGAAAAAAACCGUUUUGAGCUUUAAUACUGUGUAAACGUACUCUUCCAUGAGAUAUCUUGGUGUCAAAUGAUAUUCAAACAUAUAUGAAAUCUUUAUCACAUUUUACAUGAGAUACUCAUGAUACCAUAUUUAAUAUUGUAGGUCUCAUUCAUUGCAAUCACUGCACUUGUUCAUGUCAAACACAAAAGAAAUGUAUUUUUGGGAAAAUGCCAGUUCUUUUAGUCAUCAAAUUACGUUAAAAAUAAAACUAAAAAAACUAAUCUACUACUGAAAAACUAAAAGAGAAGUUUGUAAACUCUUCAAUGUCUUUUGUAUUGCACAGAACAAAAGUUGAACACAUCAAGUCUAAUAUUU